AUGUACACUAUGAAAGCUAAUAUUUGCUCGAAUGAUCAGAUGGUUAUUUAUGAAAAUAUUGAAAUUGAUUAAGAUCUCUGGUAUUUCCUUUAGAUUUCAAGAUAUAUUGAUUCAAAUGAUAUUCAGAUUAUUUCAAGCGACAGAAAAGAUCUACAGACUUUCUAUCCAAGUGCUAGCUCUUUUAAAAACUGUAUUUUUGAGGAUGGGGUAGCACAGCCAAUUUCUCCUCAUAGACUAAAAGAUUACGCCUUAACAUACCAUAGAAUUGACUUAGACUAGGAUCAUGGCCAAUUUAAGGACGAUUUUUCUCUGAUUGAUGUACUUCCGUUUCACAACUUGUCUUUGAAAGCAGCAGACACUAAAAACAUAAGGGGUUAUUAUACAUGGGAGUAUGAUCUCUAUUUGCCAGUCGUCUGCAAUAGUUCGUCUGACUUAAUUGGGAGAGGAGAUAACGUAUCAUGUGCUAAGAGCAUUUAUAGGUUGCAUAGAAUGUAGGAAAGUUGCAUAACAGCCAAAUUAACUUAAUCACCUACAACUUAAGAUACAGUAUUAACAGAUUUGAACUCAACUGAUUAAAUUCAUUCUUCAGUAACAAUUGGUUUCUGGGUCAAAAUCAAUUACAGAUAUCUUAAUACCUAUAAUUGGACAGAGAAUACUUAUGUUAGGUUGGGAAAUGGAUCUGAGGGAUCUAUUUCAAUAGGUGGAUAUACAUAUGUAAAAUAUUAUGGGUAGAGAAUAACAGGCAUUUCUUAUGAUUCGGCAUAGAAUUCUUACUAUUAGUACUAUGAUACAAUGUAUUUUGGAACUGAUGACUACAACAUAUGCUUUAACUAUUCAUGCUAUAUUAUGGUUCAUUACUAAUCUAAUUCAAGUGAAGUUGGAUCAUCGUUUCAUCGAGGUGGUACACUUAAAGGUAAUAUAUAUCCUAAAUUCAAUCACCACCUCACUAUCAAUGACAAUAUGUGCAUUGGCUGUCUAAGGACUCCAUCUGGCUUCUAUAGAUAUGCUGAUGGCUGGGAAGGAAUGAUAAUGCAUGUUCGAGUUUUCUUCAAUUUAACCUAUGAAUAAGCAUUUUAAAAUAUGAUAGACGCAAUGCGAUAUACCACAAAUCAUGAAUACGCACAGGACAAAAGAGACAUUAAUGUUUAAUUAUGGCAGUAGUUUAGAUAUGCCCCCAUAAUAUUCAGAUAUAUUAGAUAUAGUCAACAACUUUUAUGGAUCAGAUUCGUCAAAAUCAGAAGAAAUAAAUAAAAUUCUGAUAGUAUGAGACAGCUCUUGCCAGAAACUUGCCCCUUGAAUGUCAAAUUUAACAAAGAUUUGGUCGAAUAUACAAUUAAGUUUCAGAUGAAAGUAAUGAUCUCUUUAGGCUAUAUAGAUAAUCCCUUUUUUACUCUCUUUAACGUCCUUACUUUUGGAGGGACAAAUAUUAAUCAGAUCUACAUUUGGAAUCCAAAGCUAUAGAUGUUUAUACAUAGAGACAGGAUAAAUAUAAAAUCAAAUUAGUGGCAAUUUUUCGCAAUCACCUAUUCUCAAUCAAUGGAUAAAGGGUUUGUAUACAGCAAAAAUAAUGUAAUACUUUCACUAAAUAACACAUACUUAUCUCCAAUCACAGCUGGUACUUAUACCAUAAAUGUUACUAAUUGCUUUUUGGUUGGAUUAUAGAUCUGGUCAAACUAUCAGAAUAAGAAUUUAAUUUAUUCAAGUCUAAUAAAGAAUAUUGAUGCGCAUCUGUAUUACAAAAAUCUUGCAUUCUAUUAUCAGUCCUCAAUCACAUUCUCUUACAUGGACUAUAUUAGGAUACCAUAUACUGAUUACACCAAACGCUAGGAAAUAAUGUCUUAUUAUAGUUAUGGAAUUGAAUAUAGUGUGGUAAUCAGCAACUACACUCUUGCUCCAAACUUGCAGGCAGGAUACCCUUAUUAAUGUAAUGAUGGUGGAUAUUAUUCCAAGACGGGAGGUGGCUGUAGCUAUAAUUAGAACUUACUCAUUGACAGUAAAGAAGGAUAUCAUUCCCUUGACUUACGAACUUAUGAUAAGUUUACAAAAGCCCAAAGUUUUUAGGUAGACUUUUGGAUAGGAUUUGGGCCACUAAAUGCUGGUUCAAUCAUAAAUUUCUAUGGAUCUUAAUUGAAUCUGACUUUAAGAGAACCUGCUUUGGACUAAGGCUAUUCAUUUGACAAUCUAAUGACAGCUAAUUUUACAAGGGCCAUUCUAAAUAAUAAAUAUGCUGAAAAUCGAUGGUACUUCAUAUAAGUUGGAUUUCAAAACAUCUCUGCUACUUAAUUUAACUUAUCUAUCCAGAUUAAUGUUGAUAAAAGCUUUAUCUAUUUUAAUACAAUAGACCAGGUAUUUGGUUAAGUAAGCUAGAAUUUUACCACUAUUUGUCCAGAUGAUUGCAACUAAUUCACUCUGAAGCAUUUUGUACUCUGGAACAGUAUUGUGAAACUAGAUAGUUAUAAAGAUGCUUUUGAACAAAUUAAUAUUUUAACUAAAUCUUAAGGAAUUCUAGCGUAUUAUCCGUUGCAGGAUAACUCAGGAUUUUACUUAACUGAAUAUGUGUAUCACUAUUCUUUACCCCUAUGGCAAUAUGAUCAUUAUGAGGAAAAACAACUGGUUAGAUGGUUUUACUCAGAAUUUAUAGGCUCUGGCUACUAAGAGGAGCAUAUACAAUGCGGAAUAAAUGAAUAAUACGAUGAAUAAUAAGCUGAUUGUAUCAUUAAAAAUGAUGGAAAUGAGAAUAUAGAGAUAUACCCUGACAAGUAUGACUAUAUCACUUUAAACUUGACAAACUAUUAAUUCUCACCUGAAUGGUCAUUUGAAUUUGAAUUGCUGUUUAGCUCAACCGAUGACAUAUUAAUGAAUUCAGGUCAAGAGAUAAGUAUAAUGACUACAGAUCCUAAUUGUACAAACUCGGGAACAAAAAUUAAUUAUUUGAAAAUUUUUAAAGAUUUCAAAAACAUAACUUCAACUCAAACAAAUAAAACCAAAGUUACAAAGCAGGCAGUCAAAGAUAUCCUUCAGAUCCAAUUUUAAUAAGAUUCAGGUAAGAAAACUAAUCUAUCUUAAGAUAUAAAUCAGGAUGAUUGGAAUCAUAUAGUUAUAAGCAACUCAAUCAUAAACACUGAUUUAAGAAUGACCUCAGACUUUUCAGGCUUAAAUUAUUCAUCCUAUAAUGCAUCACUUUUUUCAAGUUUGCAAAAGCUAGCAUCAUGCAAUUUAUUAAUUGGCUAUGAUCCUAAUAGUUAAGAGUAAACUACUGACAAGAGUUUUAUCAUUAAAGAAUUCAGAAUAUGGAAUAAAGCUGUGAAUGUAGAUGAAAGUAGAAGAAAUUACUUGAUGGCUUUGCCUAAAAGAGUUCCUGACUUAGCAGCAUAUUUUAAAUUUAUUGGUCUUAACUCCUUUUACGAAUAGAUAUAAGAUGUAGCAAAUCCCAAUACAAAUUUCAAAAGUUACACAAAAUUUUACUCAGCUUCAAAUAGAAAUAACUGUCCUUUUGGAACUUAAUUUGCAGUUUUAAACUACGCUAAUCAAUGUCUAUAAUAUCCUGGAUUAAUGAUUAAUAUCUCUGAAAGCUAAUAUAUAUAAAUUCCAGUAAAGAAAGCUUUUACUACUAUAUUUUAAGACAAUAGCUAUGACUUUACUUUCCAAUUCACACUUAUGGCUCUGUAUGAACCACUUCUAUUUAAUAUUUUUGAAAAAUUGCUUGAGCUUGAAAACGUGUUCUCACUGGAGUCUGAAACUAUAAAUACAUUCAAAAUUUUAUUAUACAGAGCGCCAGAUUAGAUAGAGCAAUUAUAUUUUGAUCAUUACAAUUAGUCAAUAACAUAUAUUGUUUCUUACAACCCUGCAUAGUCUAAAAUGAUAUUUUAUAAGAAAAAUACAACUGACCCAAAGCCAGUACCAUUUAAGGAAUUUUCUCUUGAUUAGGAUUUUAAACUGGAUCCACCAGAGUAUUUUUCUGUUGGAAAGGGCAACUAUAAUGAUUAGAGAAUAUAUUUUUCAGGCUUUCAUAUAACUGGUGAAGUUUAUAAUGAUUUAUAACUAACUUAAGAGGGAAUGCAAAAAAACCUUCACUCAUAUAAAUAUCGGCAUAACAUGCUUGGAAAUUAUAUUUUUUACGUAAGUCUAGACAGAAAUUAUGAUUUUAAUGUAAUGUAUGAUACCUUGAAAGGGGAAAUGAUGCCUAUUACCAAUAACAGGCAAGGAACUGCAUAACAUCCAUGGGUUUCAUAUAUUGUCACUCAGAACUAUUGUCCAUUUGAGAUGGAUUGGGAUGAAUAUCUAGAAACCUGCCUUAAUAAAGGAGUGUUAAAAUUGUAAAAUUAGUCAGGUAGUGUCAUUUUAUUAGGUACUAACUUUUAGUGGUAGUUUAGUGUGGGAUUUUGGAUUAAUUUCUAGUUAUUAUAACCCAAUGUUAAAAUGGAUUUCUUCUAAUUAGCCAAUGUUUUAGAAUUCUAAAUUACAGUUCCUAAAUUGAUGAAAGUUAAAACAUCUAAAGCAGGUUAGCUGAUUGUUGAAACUGAGAUAUCAGCAUAAAAAUUUCUAAUCACUGAGAAUAAUUGGUAUGGAUUUGCUGCAGUUCAUAACUCUACAGGCUAUUGGAAGAUUUAUCAAUAAAAAUCAUUAAUCGCUGAAAUCACAGAUAGUGCUGAUAGCUACUAUGGAAAAAUUAGCAAGUUAAGAUUUGGAGACAUAAGUUUUACAAAUAACAUUAUUAGAAUAAAAUAGAUAUUUGGUGUAGCAAGAGAACUUUUACCUGGUUAAAUACAAGAAUUUUUGAAUAAACGAAAUCACAUUACACUUGAUGAUAAUAUUAAAUCAGGGUAGAUUAUCUGGGAUUAGUCCUGGGAGAGACAAAUAGGGAACGAAGAAAUAUGGACUGAGGACUUUAAAACAUAUCAAUACAUGGAUAAAGGUUUAUACUUUUCGACUUAAAAAUCUUACCUACCUCUGAAAACGAUCUCUCAAGAUUAGUUUAAAAAUCAAUACUCAUUUGAGUUCUGCAUCUAUCAAACAAAUAAGUAUAAUAGGAGGUAGAACAUCUUAUCAUUGGGAGGGGUUUUCUAAGUAUUUUUAGGCAUUAGCAAUGAGAUAAAUUUUGAAUAUAAUACCACAAAUAUUCCGAAAGGAAUUAAUCAGGAUACUAAUUCUUUUAUUGGACAUAUAAGAAACAUUAAGUUAUUUUCAGUGUAUAGAUCAGUGGGUUCAGCUCGAGCAUCGGUAAGAUCUUAUUCCACUUCAAUAAUGAAUAUGAAAUACUUGAUUGCUGAUUACCCAUUAACUGAAUCUAUUGGAGAUUUUUUAAGAGAAUAAGUAUCUGGAGAAAAGCUAAAUUUUUCACAAUACAAUGUACAAUGGAUAGCUCUGAAGUAAAUGCCUAAAAUCUGUAAUGGAGAUUCUAAGUAUUCUUAUAGAUAAGGACAAGAAUAUUGUUAUGGAGUGUAUUAUUAAAAAGAUGGUGUGAACAAUAGUUAACCUUUAUAUGAUGAUGAAGGCAGUUAAGCAACUAUUCCAAUUAAUUUUGCUUUUGACCCAUUAGGAUUAGAAGAAUUUCAAGAUUGGAACUUCACUAGUAAUAGUGCUAAAAAUAGGUAUCAAAGUAAUGGGUAAUAAAUAGUGGUUUUAUAGCAUCCCUUAUUAAAGGUAUAUUAUAAGCUACACGAAAGUACCGGGGCUUACAUUUAUAACUAUGCUACCUACAUAUAUCCGGCCAGUCCUUAAAUAUAUCAUGAUUUGAAUGGCUCUAAUUUUGUGUGGGUAAAUGAUAAUUCUAUAUUAACAAAUAAAACAAAUUUCUUGGCAAACAUCUAAUGCUAAGAGGACUUAGUUACAUCAGUUGAUGAUCACUGUGAAACAUUUGAGAAAUGCCAUGAGACUUGCUUGAUUUCAACUGAAUGCUUUGGACCAUUGAGACUGAAUGCAUGGCAUGCUAAAAUGGGCUUUGCACUUGUCCAGCAGUUGAUGUUACAAUUUGUUAGGAAUGCAAAGAUUCCUCACAUUUCUUUAUAGAAUCAUAAACAGACCCAAAGCUAAAUGCCUGCAUUGAAGAAUGCCCUAAAGAAAACUAAUUUUACGAUAAAUUGCCUAUCUUGUGAACAAGAUCAUGAAUUGAUAAAUGGAAAAUGUACAAAGAUUGUAUGCCCAGAUGGUUAAUACUAUAAUAGUACUACAUUACAAUGCUAAAAUUGCAAGGAUAGAUGCAGAAAAUGUUUGGCAUCCAAUUCAAGUCUAUGCACUGAAUGUCUUUCUAGUUUCUAAAAAUGCACUCAAAUAUUAGAUAUGACGAAUCCUUACAAAAAUGGAAAAUGUACAGAAAUUUGUGGAAAUGGAAUUAGAGUUGGAGGGUUAUUAAAUUGUGAUGAUGGGAACAAUUUGAAUAAUGAUGGAUGCAGCUCUAUUUGCUCAAUUGAAUAUGGCUAUGAGUGUUUAGGUGGCAAUUAGACUCAUCCAGAUAUCUGUACCUAUUCAUUAAGACCUUAUGCGUAAAUUCAAUCGGUCAUAAAUGGUAAAUUUAUCGCAACCUUCAACGACUCAGUUGUUUAUGCUAAUAAUAUGCUCACAAAACAGGAUCUAAAAUUUGAAAUUACAGACACAAAUGAUAAAUAGAUACUUAAAUCUUGGACUGUUAUCAAUUAAAAUAAAUAAGAAAAUUAGUAGAUAUUGAUAUUUUUUAAGACUACAAUUAAGCUUUAAGGUAAUGAGAUCAUAUACUUGAAAUUUUUAGAGGAAGGCCAACAUAUCUAUUCAAAGAAAAAUCCAAAUUACUUUGACUUCUUUGCCAAGUGCUCUAUCCUCAUUAGUGGGCACAAAAUAUAUAAUGUAAUUAGAACUUAUGAUGUAUUGAUGGAUUAGGCGUACUAUCCUGAAAUGGUUAAAAAUACUCUGACUUAGUUAGAUUUCACUACAAUGAGUUUUUUGGAUUUUGAUUCAGAAAAGUUACCUUUUAAUGCAGGUUCAUGGAUUGACACUAGCUAGAUAGUAGAUAAUCCUCCAGAUUAAGUAUUCAUAGAUUUUGGUAUAACGAAAAUAAUUCUGUUGAUAAAAUACAAAUCAAGGCUCUAUCUCAUGAUUGCAUGUUCAUUAUUUAUACCAAUCAUUGCUUUAAUCAACAAACUCUAUAAGAAAAAAAACAGACUGAAAAAAGUUCUCUACAUAGUUGACUGUCAUUUCAGAUACAAUCUAAUCUUGGGUUUCUUUACGGAGCUAAACUUAGAAAUGUCUAUCCUAGCUUUUCUAUAAAUUAAAAAUGCAUUACUAUUCAGCGCACCAAUAGGAAGCAUGCACAUUAUUUAAACUAACUUCAAUAAAUUGAAAGAUAAAGUUUUUUUCGACAGAAAUCACAUACUUCUUGAAGGUUGGGGCAUUGCUUUUGAACGUAUUGAUAAAUAUGGUACUUAUGACAAUAAUAACAAUAAGCUUAUAUCCAUUAACUAGAGAAGUAUCAGUAAAAUUGAGACUUUUGAAUUUACUACAUUAAGAUUUGAUUCUGAGGCACCUUGGUUGUAGGCAAGUAAAAAUCAAAAACUAAGGAAGAAAUAUGAUACUAAUCCUUCAAUUCAACUUCCUCCCCCAGUCAAAAGAAGCCAAGACUCUUAGAAUCAUAUGUUUUUAGAAAAUUCAAACUCUUUCAUAAAAUCAUCAACUCUAGAAAUUCAAGAUUUAAAAUCAAAUCCCUAUCUGGACAUUUAUUAAAUGGAAAAUCUCAAGAGAUUCAGACUUGAUUCAAGUUAAAGCUAAUCUUCAUUUGGAAACUUAACUAUGGAACAGCCAUCUAGUGUUGAUCCUUUAAAGUAUAAGUUGAAGUCUCCAUUUUAAUACUUUGAUGAUCCCACAUCAUUAAAUGAGGAAUUUGAAGAUGUAAUUGUUUUUAGAGGUAAUUUGAAAAGUGAUAACGAUGCCUCUAAAACUAAUUUCAAAUAAUCUUUUAGCUGGAGAUUCAGAGGAUUAAUAUGA